AUGGUGGAAUAUAUGGAGAAGCACGAUUCAUUAGCUAAAAAUAGCUUACAGAGUGCAGCUAAUGGCCGUUCGAAAAAGAAAGAGUUAUGGGAUAAGCUAACGGAAUUGUUAAACAGUAACGGACCUCCCAUGAAGCCAACAAAAGCAUGGCAGAAAGUAUGGACUGACUACAAAUAUAAUGCAAAACGCAAGCUUACCCAGCGCAUGAGAAGUAUGACGAAAACAGGUGGUGGUCCAUAUGAUGCGGUUUCAUUGAACCAUAUGGAGGAACGGAUAGUUGCCGCAGCCAAAAUAGGCGAGCACAUGUCGGGAGUACCAGGCGCAACUUCAUAUGGUUGCCAUACAGACGGACCCAGCUGUUCUACUGCGGCUCCUCAGGCAGACGAUACUUUCGUUUGUGAAUAUUUGGCCCAAAUCUCGAGUGCCGAUAAUUCUUCUAGUGACGACGAAGGCAAAACAUCAAGGAAGUCUGAGCCUCCAAAAAUUAAUAUACGCGAGGAAGGGGAAAUCGACGAGGCACAACCUGCUAAAACGAAAAGACGCCCAUAUUUUCCCUGAUUUUCAUUAAAAUUAUUUAAAAUGAAGAAGUCAUUUUUCAAAAUUUGGCAUACAGUUUAUU